CCUGCAACUACUAUAUAUAACCACCUUAAAAUAUCAGAACCCAAAAGUUGUAGGGUGAAAAAGAGAAGUCAUGGAAUUCCAUUUCCUGACCAAAGCAUUCUUUUCUGGUGCUUUGGUUGGCGUUUUGGGACUGGUUUUCCAUCUGUACAAUACCCUUGUUGCGAAGCCGGAGACGCUGCGCUCCGCCCUUAAAAGGCAAGGAGUGAGCGGCCCGCGUCCGACUCUUCUUCUUGGAAACAUUUUGGAGAUCAAAAAGGCGAGAGAUUCAACAGCAAAGGCUUCUACCAAUGGCGCUCCAGCCUCGCACAAUUGUGGGGCUACUCUUCUUCCUUUUUUUGACAAUUGGAGGAAGCAAUACGGCGAUGUGUUUAUGUUUUCGCUCGGGAAUACACAAAUAGUGCAUGUGACUCAACCGGCCAUGGUAAGGGAGAUUACUACUUGUACAUCUUUGGAUUUGGGGAAGCCAACAUAUCAAGCAAAAGAAAGGGGUUCAUUGCUAGGCCAAGGCAUUCUCACUUCUAAUGGCACCAUUUGGGCUCAUCAGAGGAAGAUUCUUGCCCCUGAAUUAUACAUGGAGAAGGUCAAGGGCAUGAUAACUUUGGUUCAAGGGUCGACGAUCACAUUAUUGAACUGUUGGGACAACAUAUCCAAGAAGGACGACCCCAACUCCUCCUCUGCAAUUUUUUCUAACACUCCAAUCCAUUCAAUCUUGCAGUUAACCAUGGCAAUCAACGAGUCCUUACGCCUCUACCCUCCUGUGGCUGUUGUAUCGAGGGAGGCCUUAACCGACAUGAAAUUCGGAGACCUUAACAUCCCCAAGGGUGUUAAUCUAUGGACAAUAGUGACAACAUUACACACUGAUCCAGAUAAUUGGGGACCUGAUUCCUACCAGUUCAAUCCAGAAAGGUUUGCAAAUGGAAUUACUGGAGCUUGCAAAUUUCCACACUUGUACAUGCCAUUUGGGGUUGGACCAAGGGUGUGUCUAGGCCAGAAUUUAGCCUUGGUUGAACUCAAAAUACUUAUAUCUCUAAUUUUGUCUAAAUUUUCAUUCACUUUGUCCCCUAAAUACAUUCAUUCACCAGCACUCAAUUUAGUUAUUGAGCCUGGCCAUGGAGUUAAUUUAUUGGUGCAGAAAUUGUGAUUAUUUUCCUUCAUUAUAUAGAGGGUCCUAUACCUGUUACUACAAUAAGAAGCUUUGUAAUUUUCUUUGACAAGUUUGUCAAUUUAUAAGGAAGGGUUAAAAUGAAUAGUGGUGAUUGUUCAACUUUCAA